UAAGACUUGAUUUCGUUUCAGAGAAGUAUUCUCUGAUAGUCUCCAUAGUCUGUCUUGCCGAAAGAAGUCGUGAGAUAAACAAUAAUCAAUAAACAAUAGUGUCUGCAUAAUCAAUAAGAACAGGAAAUCCAAUGAAAAUAGUAGCUCUGUUUACGUGGUAGAGAUUUGACAAUCAUAUGUUAUAUUGUAAACAAGAGUAGACGUGUGAAACUGUAAACGAAAUGAAAGGUAUAUUGAUAUUCGAUCACUUGAAUGAUGUAUUGUUUGCAAAAUGCAAUAAAAAAUUCGCGAGUCACAUCUUGAAGCUGGCAAGGAUGCAAGGAUUGCUUGAUGAUGAUAAGGAUACCAGAGAUAUAGAAAAUUCCAUACUGAAUCGCAAUAUCAUAAUGCAGCUGUUUUCGCCUAUCGUUACCUCUCAGCAUGUAAUGGCUUCACAAUUUGGAAACUCCUAUACCUCUAUGAAAUUCGAAGAUGGAACCAACAUGGUAUUCGAUGAAUAUAUUGGCUAUACCUUCAUAUAUAUUGCCAUGAAAGAAAUAGAGCUCAUGAGACGCACGCUGGGAGUAUGUGUAUCCAUUGUACGGCAUGUGUGUGGUCCUGAUAUUGCAAUAUUGAAGACCAAUUGGCAGCAGGUGUGUCUGGUAUCUUCUUUACUGGAUGCAUGGUCUAAUUUAAGAAAUUGCGAACAGAGUGUACUUACGGAAGCGGUGGAACAGUUGUCUGUGAAUGCAGAAGUAGCUUCCUCAGUCCUCAAGGUGCUGCAUGAUGCCUGUGACAAGCUGAAGAGUUCGCAGCCCGAAUUUAGCAAUCUACAUGUACUACUCUUAGUGGGUUCUAAGUUUUUGUCACUGUAUUCCAGCAAGAACGCUCAUGAUUUGUACGCUUCGGAUAUUUUGUUGAUGAUACUACUGUGCUGGGUGAUAAAUAAUAAACGAAAGCAUGAUCGAUUGGAGGGUAAUGAUGAUAGUGAAAGUAAUGAUGAUGACAGUGAUAUUCUGUUACCAGAGAGUAGUGCUUCCAAAAGCGAUGAAACAAAAUUAAACUUUGGAGCUAAACUGGCUACUCCUACCUCAGAGGAUAUCACUAAUCUCUUUCGAGGUUCCAGAGACUCUUCCGUAAACGAAGGCCUUUCGUCCUUGACUGAUGAUGACCUUUAUAGUCGUUUGCUCCUUCUUGGCUGCCAACACAACUACACAGCUAAUGCAGUUCACAUCUUCGAAUUAUCAGACUCUAUCAAUUUGAUAACAAUCGUAGAAGCCACAAAUCUUUCCAUUUCUUCAGGAUUAUGUGACAGCUUCCAUUAUUUAAAUCUGAUAAACAAUCUGCAAUUUCAACGAGACAUCGACGAAUUAAAGCCUGCUUUUGAGAACCUCGAUAUAGCGAUAAGAAAAGUGCUGGAAGGAAUUAAAAAAAAUCGUUCUACUGUCAGUAAUGAUGUCGAUAUGUGUCAGAAGAGAUUGCAAACUAAGUGGGACUUUGUUCGAAAAAAGUAUAGCGACCUAUUGCGCUCCAGAGAUCUCGAAGUGGUUCUACAGAUUGAGGCCAAUAUUUCCGGUUUCCUGGAAACUCUAAAAGAAUUAUUACGUUUGACCUGUUUUGAUAGGAAUUUUCUAAAACAAGGAAUCGAUGUUCUGACGACAGUUGGUAGACUCGUAAGACAGAAGCUAAAUGAUUUCAGCGAUUUUCUGAAAGUUAAAGCCCUGAAGAACUUCACAUUAGGAUCUUCCCUAACUAUCAAUAAGUAUCUUGAAGAAUUUCCGGGUCUAGUACACUUCAUCUACAUCGACAGGACAACUCAUAGACUCGUUGCACCCACAUUAGAUUUCACGAGUACAGAGACACUUGCUCUCACAAUGAAAAAAAUUUGGAACAUGGUCGAGCAAAGUAGAAUGCAUUUACAAGAGGGUCAUUUAUCAGUUAUGUGGAAAGAUACCACAUUCAAUUAUUCCUACUUUCUAUGGUUUGAGGAUAAUUCUAGCUGUUCACCGCCGAAAUGUAAAGUCUAUCUCAAUUAUAUAAUGAAAAAUUUUCCAGUGCCUGGUAUACUUUGUGGAGAUUAUUACAGAAAACUAACCGAGACAUGUUUUCCCAAACUUUCACCGAGCAAGGUUCGGAUCUACGAACUAUAUUGCGUGCAUUUAGGAUUGACCACCUCGACUUGCGUUCUGGAACAUUCCCGAAGACUGGCAGCUACUAUCUGGGAAGUCACCGGGGUACCAAGCAAUUUUGCAGAUAUAUUCUAAAAUUGCGUUCCUCAAAUAAAAAUUUUUGAUUGGCACCAUGUCAUUCUUUAGAUCUCUUUAGAAGUAUUUGAAUUUGUGAUAUUUAUGUUAUAUCCUUACAUUUUCUUUUCUAAUUUCCAUUAUUUUUUUACGAUAUUUUAAUCCUUAAUAUACUUUCGUAAAAUUUCUAACAAAAUGAAAUAAAAAUGCAUUUCAAUUGAUAUACUAGUACUAAUUAUAAUAUAAUACAUAUUGUAUUUAAAUUUCUUAUUUUUGUAUUAUAAGAUUUCUAUUUCUUCACUGUGACUAUAUUAAAUUAUGAUGCUAGAAACGAAAAAUAAUGUAAACUUUUUUGUUCUUUUUCAAGUGAGGAAUCAGGAGCAUUAAUCACUAUAAAAAGUCAUAAAUUAACGAAAACUUCACACACACUUUAAAAAUAAUCCACUUUAAAAAAAUUUCAUUUACCUUUAUUAGUAUUCUCAAUUCUAGUUAGGUAUAUAUGGUGCAGCCAGAUAUAGUUAACUGAUAUUAAUUAUAUAAAUUAUUAAAUUAAAUUAUUAAUUAUUUUAUAUAAUACAAAAUACAAUAACCAUCAUUUUGCAGUUUAUUUUUAUUUACAAAGUAUUUUCAGUGUGUUAACUAAAAACUUUACACAUGUUAUUUUAUAGCAAAAUAUAUUUACUUUGUAUAGAAACUCAAUGGCACAAUAAACAAACUGAAUUAAGUGACAAACGUAAAAUAAGAAACAAAACAUAUAAUUAAUCUUUUGUCGAAGCCUUAAUCAAAUUUUCUCGAAUGUGUUUGCAGAAUUUAAGGCACCUAUAAAUAGAAUAAUUGAUACAAAAAUUGUUUUUAACCUCUUACAAUAAACAUAUUCCCCUCUUAAAGAUCAGGGACAUUAACGUCUCCAGAGAUGUCUUUUGAUCCUUUUUAACUAUGAGACUUCUCUCUCUUUUUUUUUUCUUUUUUAGAUUCUCUCAAAUUUUUUUCGAAUUCCUUCAAUCAUGUGCUUUGUACGACAUUAGAAUUUCCUUUUUUUUUUUUUAUUUUUUCAGGUUCUUUCAAA